AUGUUCCAACCAAACCAACUACACUUCCAAUCCCACAACCCAACCAACCCAACCACCAUCCUCCUCAUCCACGGCGCCUUCUGCUCCGGCUCCUACUGGGACCUCGUCACUCCGCAUCUCUCAAAACACUACCACAUCCUCAUCCCAGACCUCCCCAGCCACGGCAAAUCCACUCACAUAACCCCCUUUUCCAUCGACUCCUCCGUAGAGCAUAUCGCCAACCUAAUCCGCACGCACACUAUCACCAAAUCAGCGCAUAUAAUCGGCCACAGUCUCGGCGCACACGCUGCCAUCAAACUAGCAACCACAUAUCCUGAUCUCGUGAAAGAUAUCUUCGUCUCCGGCUUCGCUAUUUUCCCACCAUCAGUGCUGGCGCCGUAUAUCCCAUACAUCGCCUGGCCGGUCUUGCGGAUUGAGAACCUCCUCCCCCGGCCACUGCUAAAUUGGUUAAUGGACGGCGCGGACCUCCCGCAUCUUAACAUGGAUAUCUGUACAAUGAAGUUGUGUCGGGAGAUCACUUUGUCAUUGACGGGUGCUGAGUGGCCGGGUCCCUGGAAGAUGAGGACAUUGAUUGUCGCGGCUGCGAAGGGGGGUAUUAUUCCCUCUGCUGAUAGUUGCGAGUAUGCGAAGAGGCUGGCGGAGAUUGGGAGGGAGGGGAAUCAGGAUACCAUUGCAGUUGUGCAUUGGGGGAUGAGGCAUCCAUGGAAUCGACAGGCGCCGGGGUUGUUUGCGGAGACAGCAAUGGCGUGGUUUGAGGGGGGGAAGUUGGAUGGAGGGUUUGUGGAGAUUGAGUGA